AUGGGGGAGCUUGGCGAGCCUGACCCGAUCCACAGCCUGGAAUUGGAAAAGUUGGCCAAACGUUUGCUUACUUCAAUUCCGAACCGAGAGGAGAGCCACUGCCGUUCCGGUCCUUGUGGUUUGCGGGAUGCCGAAGCCCGACAACGACUUGCCAAGGAUGGCCCCAAUAUGCUCACACCACCAGAGGUUGAGACUCCACUGGAGAAGUUCCUCAGGACUGCUUUUGCCGGCCUUCUGAACCUUCUUUUAUGGGUGUGCGUGGUCGCAGAGGUGUGCCUGCUUUUCGUGUAUCCGGGCCAAAGGGACCCAGUCACGCCUGCAAUCUUGUCGCUUGUCAUCUUAAGCACUGCGGCCCUGCAGUGCUACACAGAGCUCAAGGCAGAAUCGUCCAUGGAGGCGCUGCGUAAUCUGCAAGCUGCAGAAUUUGUACGGACUAUCCGUAUUUCAGAAGAUGGGCAGCGGCUGGACCAGCAACUGCCUCCCACGGAGCUUGUUUCGGGCGACAUCAUUCUUUUGGAGCCUGGUCAGAGAGUCCCUGCGGAUGUACGGAUCAUCCACUGUAGCAACGGCACGGAGGUGGACAACGCGGCUUUGACCGGCGAGACGGUGCCGGAGCUCCGCAGUGCCAAGCCCGAGAUGCCCACCGUGCCCGCCAUGGAGGCCCGGAGGAUGCCCCAAGUGAAGUCUAAGUGCUGUUAA